AAGGAAGGGAGGAGAAAGAAAGAAAGAAAGAAAAAGAAAGAAAGAAAGAAAGAAAGAAGAGAAAAAAAGUGAGAGAGAUGGAAAAUUGGAAAGACAGAAGAACGGAAGGAAGGAAGGAGAAAGAAAGAAAGAAAGAAAGAAAAAGAAAGAGAAAGAAGAAGAGAAAAAAAGAGAGAGAUGGAAAAUUGGAAAGACAGAAGAACGGAAGGAAGGAAGGAAGGAGAAAGAAAGAGAAAGAAAGAAAGAAAGAAAGAAAGAAAGAAAGAAAGAAAGAAAGAAAGAAAGAAAGUAUUAAUCUGUAAAACUCUGCAGCUGGGGAUGGAGGUGGAAAGCCCAACUUCCCAGCUUUUCCCCCCUCCUCCAAUGCUUUGGAAUUCGGGGAGUGGUCCUUUGCAAGAUUCCCCUGAGGGGGCGCCAGGUUGGGGAAAGAAAACGAUCCUCAUUCGCCUUUUUUUUGCCCAAUCGGGAACUUGGCCCACGAUCCCUAAACGCCGAACUCGCAGGGUUGUCCUUUGCAGACGCUCCCUUGGAUUAGCGCCGCAGAGAGGAAAGGCAGGGUUUGGAUGCGCAUGCGCCCUGCAGGACACCCCCCUUCGGGCAGCGCGCGGACUUUUUUUCCUCCUCUUCGGCCCCAGCCCUGGAUUUAAAGGGGCCGCGUCGCCCAAAAAGGCUCCCGGGAUGUCCCGUCGGGCGAAGGAGGAGUUUCAUCGCUCCUACGCGGUCAGCGACCCCCGCAGCCACCCCAAAGGCUACACCGAGUACAAAGUCACGGCUAAAUUUGUCUCAAAGGCGAAUCCGGAUGACACCAAGGAGAUCGUGGUCUGGAAGAGAUACAGCGACUUUAAGAAGCUGCACGCCGACCUGGCGUACACCCAUCGCAACCUCUUCCGGCGCAUGGAGGAUUUCCCCGCUUUCCCGCGGGCUCAGGUCUUCGGCCGAUUUGAGCCCGAGGUGAUCGAAGAGCGGCGAAAAGCAGCGGAAGACAUGCUCCACUUCACCAUACCUAUCCCGGCCUUAAAUAACAGCCCCCAGCUGAAGGAAUUCUUCCGGGGCGGAGAGGGCCAGAGCAGUCCCAGGCAAUGGGAGUUGCCUUCGCUGCCCCUCCCUCUCAUCCCGGUGCCCACGGCUGGAGUCGAGCAGGGCGAGGAGGCCCUGGGGCUGGUUCAGGAUGAUGGGCUGCUGCUGUAUCCGGAGCCGGCCAGCAAAGAUGGCGUCUCUAAGCCCCAAAUGGAGAACCGAGAGGGGGCCUCGGACGCUGUGGAACAAGAGGAAGAUCUGGAUGCCCUCUUUGCCUUCCGGGAGGAAGACGAGGAGGAAGAAGCCAAGAACGACUCGCCUUCUCACUGCCUCUUAUCGGUCCAAGAAUUAGCCCUCUUUGACCCCUUCUCCAAAAAUGCUUCUACUGCCACCGGUCUCUCCCACGGAGAAGGUCUGGCUUCUCUGGAGGCCUCAGGGACCAAACCGGAACUCCUGCUCAGCGCGGACACGACGCAGAAUCUCGAGGCAGAAGAUACCACGUUGGAUCCCGGCAGGUAUCUGCCCCAAGCGACGGAGAGGAUCCGGCAAGCUGUGUUGUGCGAAGCGUCCAAGGACUACCAGGGGGCUUUUCGCGGCUACCGUAGCGGAGUUGACUUGCUCCUUCAGGGUCUGCAAGGCGAUACCAAUCCAGCCCGCAGGGAAGCGGUGAAGAAGAAGACGGCGGAAUACCUCCAGAGGGCCGAAGAAAUCUUCCAGCAACAUUUGAAGCAUCUGGAACUGUGACUUCCCAAUUCCGCCGCGAGUCGCUUGUAUUUAUUUCCUGCCGUUCUGCAUUUGGGCCUUUUCCAAUCCUCCUCCGCCCUCAAUCCCAGAUUCUGAACGUUAAACCUGGGCGAAAAAUAACCUUGGGGACUUUCUCUGCCCUUCAGGGAGGGGUGAGGGGGAGUCGAGGUUGUCCGAAAGGGCUUCGGUUUACACAGUUGUCUGAAUGUGGAAUUUCUCGUUUCAGUUGAUUCCACUUCAGAGGUUUUGCCAAAGUCCCUGCGUGUUAAAAACUUCAAGCAGGCCGGCUUUAUCCAAGCAGGGGAACAAGGUUAGCGGGUUGUGUGAAUGCAGAGCCAAACAUCUAGAGAAGGAAUUUAUUAUUAUUAUUAUUAUUAUUAUUUUGCAACUCCUCUUUAGAAGUGCCUUCGUUUCUUGAGCUGGCUGCGAAUCUGUGUCGAUUGUCCAGUACUUGCUGUGGACGUCCAGAGCGACACAAUCCCAGAGAGAGAGAGAGAGAGAAAAUAUUCUCUCUCUCUCAAUGAUGAAAAUAUUCUGAGAUCAUUGAGCAGAAAUAUCUUCCCCCAAAAACGGAAUACCCCCCCUCCCCCAAAAAACGGAAGGCAAGAGAAUAAAGAGGUCUGAAAUGUUUGGUCCAGGGAGAGAAAUAAUUCUGCGUAUUUUCACCCGGAACGCUUCCAGCCUUUAUGUUUACUUUUCCAAUUCAUUUAUGUAUUUUUUUUUUUAAAUUUGAUUUAUAUGCCGCCCUUCUCCGGAGACUCAGGGUGGCUUACAGUGCGUUAAGCAAUAGCCUUCAUACUUUUGUAUAUUUUUUUUUAUACAAAGUCAGCUUAUUGCCCCCACAAACUGGGUCCUCAAUUUACCUACCUUAGAAAGGAUGGAAGGCUGAGUCGACCUUAAGCCUGGCAAGAUUCGAACUUACUUUAAUUGCAGACAGCUGGUGUUAAAUUGCAGUGCCUUGUCUGCAGAGCUAUCCAGGCUAUUUAUUUGAUUGUUAAAUUUCUUUGCUGCCCGUCUUAUGGUUUAAAGCGACUCAGUUGCAGGGGUGAAAUACUACCGGUUCGCACCAGUUCGCACGAACCGGUAGCAAAAAAAAAAACCCUUACCGGUUUGUCCAAAUGGGCAUUUCCGACGAUCAGCUGUGCCACAUGAUUUUUAUUCCCUAGAAAGCAGGAAAUUCUGCUUUCUAGCAGAUUUAAAUCGGGCGGCACAGCUGUUCCAUCCCCCCUCGCUGUUUUACUUACCUUUAAACGGCUCCUUUUUCUGCAUGCAUGCAGCGCUCACGACUGUUCGGUUGCCUCCCCCAAGUGUGUUGGGACACCCCCUGCCCAAAUUCCAAGCUGUUUUAUCUCUUUGAGGAUUACAUUAUGCUUGGUUCUCCCCGUGUUUGGGCCAAAAAAAGUGGAAUUCAGGAUGAUAAUCCUCGGAAUUUCAAAUCAAAGAUCGGACGUGGAGGGAAAGUUUACAAUUCAAUGGUGAUUGGGACCAAAUUUCUCUUCAAUUUGAAUGAAUGAAUGAUUAAUGAAUGGCAAUUAAUGAUUACUCUAAGAAAUACCGGUUACAGGUAGUCCUCAACUUAUGACCACAAUGGAGCUCAGCAUUUCUGUUGCUAAGCAAGGCAGUUGCUAAGUGAGUUUUUAUGCCCCAUUUUACGACUUUUCUUGCCACAGUCGUUAAGCGAAUGGUAAAAUGGUAAGUUAGUAAUCUGAUUUCCCCCUUGACUUUGCUUGUCAGAAAGUCCCGUGACCCCCCGGGACAUGGCAACCGUCAUAAGUACAUGCCAGUUGCCAAGUGUCUUUAUUUUGAUCAUGUGACCACGGGGAUACGGGCGUAAGUGUGAAAACUGGUCAUAAGUCACUUUUUUCAGUGCCGUUGUAACUUCAAACGGUCAUUAAAUAUGGACUGUUGUAAGUCGAGAACUACCUGUAUAAGCUCAGACAAGCACUAAAUCUCUUGCUUCGUUUGUGUAAUGCGCUAAAUUCGGUUAAUUUUAUGUGGAAUUAUUUUUCUUUACAGCUUCACAGAUGGUGCAAAUCCAGCUUCUCCAGUUCAUUUGUGGUCUUAACAACCCAGGUGUGCCUGUUACCAAAUUUUAUGCUAAUAAAAUUUUAAUUAAUUAAUUUAAUUUAUUAAUUAAUUACAUUUUUAAUAAGAUUCCUUGGGUCGUUUUCAUACUUUUUAAUCUACAGAUAGUCCUGGACUUACAACCACAAAUUAUGACUGGAACUCCCAUUGCUAAACAGUGUUGGGAUAAAUUACAGUAGUGGCCAAAAUUGUGGAAACCUUUUGGGAAAAGUGCGUUUUUGAGGUUUGAUGGCUAAUAACACCACUUUUUUUGGAGUUUCAAAAGAUAAUCCUAUUCCACUGCUGGAAUGGCCUGGGAAUAGCCCAGACCUUCACCCCAUUGAAAAUCUAUGGAGCCGACUAAAAAUACUGGUUAGUCAGAAGCGACGCAGCAAUAAAACCCAGUUAAUAGAAGCCAUCAUUCAAUCUUGGUUUCACAUGAGAACAGCUGCAGAACUCAAAGACUUGGUUCCCUCCAUGGGAAGACAUUGUAAGGCCGUCAUUCAUGCUAAAAGUUAUCCAACAAAGUAUUAACUGACAUAGUGAUAAUUUCUCUAUAUCUCAUUUUUUUCUAUGGUGAUCGUUUUUGUAUAUCUCCUUUUUUCUACGUGUUUCACUUUUCUUCUUUAUACCGUAACUGCUAUUCUGAUAGCAAAUCCUUCAUAAAAGUUAUUGCAUUACAUUCUUGAUUAAAUUAUCUUUCCAUUGAUAUAUAAUUUUAUGGUACUACAAAAAAAAGUGGUGUAAUUAGCUAGUUUUAGAAAAUACACUUUUCCCAAAAGGUUUCCACAGUUUUGGCCACUACUGCAUAAUAUUUCCUUGCACCUGUUGUAUCGGAUUCACACAACUCCAUGGUGGUGUGAGGAUUCUGAAAGUUGCAGACUCAGCAUAUUUGAGGGAACUUGGAUGGAGAAGGUGGCUACUCAGAGCCACCCAAUUUUUUCAGUAUAAUCCUCAAACUAUUUUCAAUAAAGCUUAAUAAUGCUUAAUGAAGUGUUUCUUAACCUUGGCAACUUUAAGAAGGUGGACUUCAACUCCCAGAAUUCCCCAGUCAGUCACACCGGCUGGGGAAUGCUGGGAAUUGAAGUCCACAAGUCUUAAAGUUGCCAACUUUGGAGAAUCCUGUUCUAGAACAGUGUUUUUUCAAACUCGAUAAGUUGUGCAGACUUCAACUCCCAGCAUUCCUCUGGCUAGCUGGGGAAUUCUGGGAGUUGAAAUUCACCAAUCGUAAAGUUGCCACAAAUUCAAAAUUCAGGCAACUGACUUGUAUUUAUGACGAUUGCAGUGUCCUGGGGGUCUCAUGAUUCCCCCUUUGCGACCUUCUGGCAAGCAAAACCAAGGGAGAUGCCGGAUUCACUUAACAACCGUGUCACUAACUUAAUUGCAUUGAUUCACUUAACAACUGUGGCAAGAAAGGUUGCAAAACUCACUGAACAACUGUCUCACUUAGCAACAGAAAUGUUGGGCUCCGUUGUGGUCAUAAGUCAAGGAUUACCUGUGUGGGGGGAGUUAAUUGCCUCUACUUAAUUAAUUCUUGCUGUAAAAAGAUGUUCUUUAAAUGACUUUUCAUCAAAACAGUUAAGGUGUUAAGCGGUUUACCACUGGAAUAUUGCUCCAACAAUAUUUCCAUUAAAGAUUUGGAGGAAGAGA